CAGCUCCACUGGAAGCUAUCUCAUAUGAUCUAAGAUACGAUGAAAACCAGCGCGCGCAUCACACCGACAAAUACGAGAACAAGGAAUUAGUUUUAAGGAGAGGGCAACACUUCAUGGUGAAUCUUGUUUUCGGGAGGGCGUUCGAUGCUACCAAAGAUAAAAUAUCAGCCGAACUCCGAUGGGGACCACUUCCAAAGGUAUCGGACGGUACACGUGUUGUUCUUCCCACCCUCACAGAAGUGCCAGCACCUGACUUCGAUGAUUGGGGUGUACAUGUUACCAGUGCUACUGGAGACCAGGUGUCACUUGCUAUAUAUAUCCGAUCUGACAGUCUGAUCGGAAAUUUUGAAUUGGUACUCUUCUCCGAGCUGGUUAAGGAUGGCACGAGGAAGGCAAAGCAUGUCAGUGAUGGCAUCUACAUCCUUUUUAAUCCUUGGAGCGAACAUGAUGAUGUGUACAUGCACAGUGAAGAGGAAAGACAGGAAUAUGUCCUGAAUGAUCAGGGAAUGUAUUUCUACGGUUCAAUGAAGAGUGUCGGUAGCUCCAGAUGGUACUUUGGACAGUUUGAAGACUUCGUCUUGGAGUGUGUAUUUGAACUGCUUUCGCAAUCAAGAUUGAAGAAUCGGUCGUUUAGUGAUCCCGUAUUCGUUGCUCGUAUGCUUUCAUCACUGAUGAAUUCGUUAGAUAAUGAUGGUGUUCUUGUCGGGAACUGGAGUGGCGAUUACGAGGGUGGUACCGAACCGACCGCCUGGACCAGUAGUUCUGCUAUUAUCGAAGAAUUCUACAAAACCAAGUUGCCUGUGAUGUUCGGCCAAUGCUGGGUGUUUGCCGCACUUCUUACAACAGUGUAUAGGGCAAUUGGUAUACCAGCACGUAACGUUUGCAAUACUGGCUCGGCCCACGAUACCGACUUUAACUGUCUCGUUGACAAGCACUACGACAGUAACGGGCAGCCAAUGCCGGAACUUGACGAAGAUAGCAUUUGGAAUUUUCAUUGCUGGGUUGAUGCUUGGAUGGCUCGACCUGAUUUGCCGUCUGGAUAUGGAGGCUGGCAAGCUCUCGAUGCGACUCCUCAGGAAACUAGUUUUGGAAUUUACCAGAUGGGUCCAGCUCCCUUGAUCGCCAUUAGGAAGGGGCAUGUCCAACUUUCAUACGACACAAAGUUUGUCUUUGCUGAGGUUAACGCUACGACGGUGAAAUGGAAGUUUGAUAAAGAUUUAAGUAAGCCCCCAACGCCGUUUGACAUUGAUGAGGCAGUAGUUGGAUACAUGGUCGUUACUAAGGCUGUAGGGAAGUUUGAAAAGUUCGAAAUCACAGAUCAGUACAAACCAGAAGAAGGUUCGGUUAGCGAAUAUUUUACUCUACGUAAUGUCAACAAAUAUGUCAGUGACGUCAAAAAGCUGUUUCGUGAUAUCAAGAAAGAUGUGCAAGUGGAAUUGGUCACACCAGAAGAUGUCAUGAUUGGUCAAGAUGUUGAGCUGGUUGUGCUCCUACACAGUGAGAGUGAUGAGAAGCGUUCCGCUGGAGUCUCUGUCACGGCCGAUUCAGUUUACUACACUGGAGUCCGAGCGAAAGAGGUUAAACGAGAUUUGGAGCUGAUUAAGCUUGCCUCACAUGGAGAUGGUGAAUACCGCCUAAAAAUAACAGCACAAGAAUACCUGCACAACCUUGUCGACCACGCGGGAAUUCGCUUUUCCAUUAGUGUCUUGAUGCUGGAGACUGAACAGUUGUACACUAAGGGCAUUGACUAUAAACUCAAGAAGCCGACAAUUACUGUUACGGCACCAGCAACUGUUUCUAAAGGAGCAAAGUUUGUUGCUAAGGCUACGUUUACUAAUCCGUUGAACAUCAAGUUGCAGAGCUGUUAUUUCAACUUUGACGGAUCAGCGAUCGUUGGAUACAAGAAGCAACCAUUUAGGAAUGUGAAUCCCGGUGAGACGGUCAGCUACGAGACGGAAGUGACUGCCAAACAAAAGCUAGGCGUGAAAGAUGUUAUUGUCACAUUCACAUCAGCGGAUCUGAUCGGUGUGGGCGGCGAUGUGGAUAUUACCAUCGUUAAUUAGUAUAGGCCUAUAGAUGUAACAGAGGCAUAAAGAUACAACGUUACCUCUUCAUGGUCUUGAGAAAGCUCGCUAAAAAAUUAAUUUUAAAAUUGAAUUGCUCGUUUUUAAUAAGUAUAGGCCUAGCUAUAACAGAGGCAAUACACCAGUACCGUCUUUAGUACUGAAAUCUUAUAAAGCUCACUUAAAGUGAUAAUUUUAAACAACUAAACUACUCUUAACUUUUAAUUUGUUCGGGAUUGAAAAAAUUCAUCUUUUAUAGAUUAAAAGGAAAAAAAUAAUAUACUGAUUUUGUGAUGAAUAAAAAAAGAGGUUAAAAUUUUAAAAUACUACGGUAAAAUACAACACACAAAAAUGUACUCCAGAUCAUAAAAUUAAUGGAGAAAAUAUAAAAAGUAAUUUGCAGGAAGUAAAACGAAAUUGAAUCGAUAAUUGAGAUUAAUUACACAUUUUGAUGGAGUAUGGUGGAUAGUAAAUAUAAAACAUGAGUUGCAAGAGUAACAUAUAUAUUUGAGUUCUUGACUAAGCAGACAUAACUGCUGACUAGUAUUGCAUAUUCAUUGAUAAAGAGAUUCAUUGCACAUUCUUAUGGGGUAUGGGAUGAAUGAGUUUAGAUAUUUGCUGAUGAUUGGAGACAUAUUUUUUGUAUUACUAAUUUAUAAUUUUACUUCUAAGAUGUAAUUAUUUCUGUUUGUCUUUUUCACUCGUAGAGCUCCUAGUUUUAAAACAAAUUUGAAUUUAAAACAUUUAUUUGCUAGGAAUCAAGAUUCAAGAUCCAAUUUAUUCGGUCCAAUAAAAUGGAAAUAACAUUUCAUUUCAUUUGAAAAUUUGAAAUAUUUAAAAUACAAAAUGUGUUUUGUAUUAGUUUUACAUAGUAGAAAAUCAAUCAUAUGCACUUCUGAAAGAAACGUAAGAUUAGGUGUUUAUUUAUUUGUUUAUUUAUUUGACUUCACAUAGGCAAAAUACAAUAAAAUAUCAAUGACAUGAAAGAUUGCCAGUGAUGGGAAAAGACCAACAGGUGAACAAAACGUCAAAAUAAUACGUCAGAACAUGUUAUUAUGAUGGCAAUGAAGAUACGGUACGGUAAAGUUUUAAUAAUAUGUGCUUUUUUAAGUAAGUGUCUUUUAAAAUGACGGACACGCCAGUGAUAUAAAUGUUAAAGAUAUUUACUGAUGAUUAGAAACAUAUAUUUUUUUUAAAUAUUGAAUAUCACUGCGUCUCUUUACGUAUUUAUUUAUUGACAGUGAUUUGUAACACCGAUCUUAGACGAAUUCAUAAUUCUGAUUGGCUAUUAUUAUCAUAAACCAACCAAUAUGCAUACAAUAAUUCACUUUUUCCUGAUUAGUUGUUUAUCCACAGAAUGUCACGCUAAAUUUGAUUUCAAGAUAAUUAUAAAGUAUUAUAUUAUAGAUUAUUAAGUUUAUUUAUAAUAAAUUGUAUUACAAAAUGUAGAUAUUUUAUCAGAACGUGUAUCUCAAUCAUUUGCCUUCGUAAUAUCCACGAAGACUAUUUUAAUUGUUUACUGGGAGAACGUGUUCCGGUAGUGUAAAUGUAUAUUUUCUUUAUUUAAAAUAGUUUAUGAAGAUCUUCCAAAAUUUCAGAGACCUAAACGUCAUUUGCUCAUUUGCUUUGUUUGCUAAUAGUAUUCACUCAGCUUAUGUGUAUAGGUUAAUUACCGAACAGUGUUGUAGUCGAAUGAUUCGUUUCAAUAACAUGCUCGUCAUUUUGCA